GGACAGAGCCCCGGCCUCUUCCGCCAAUCUGGCCGGUGCUUCCUUCCUUGGUCGGCUCCAGAAACCACUCUGCCCGCAGGCGCCCCUCUCUCUGGAUGACAAGAGUGACUGGGCACAGAGCCCCUGCCCCCAAACCCACUCCUACAAGAUUCUCUAUUUCUUCUGAACUCAUGGGCUGAGUCAAUCCGCCUCUGGGACUCCGAAACGAGCCUCCCCAGCCACUCACUUAUUCACUCGACAAACAUGCCCUGUCCCCCCCAGGCCCAGGACUGGGGAUGAGCAAGGGUGGGAGGGACAGGGGGAUAAGGCCCGGUGACCUGCUGGAGCACCGGCGCGGCGGGGUUGGAGGUGGACACCCGGAGAGGGACCAGCCUCCUGGGGGUGGGGAGGGCUCCUCGGAGGCGGCGGGAAGGGGAGGGGCUAGGGUGAGGGAGGGGCUGCGAUUUGGAGCGGGCCUCGCGCAUGCGUGUGAAAAAUAUUUUGGCGUCCCCGGCGUCGCCAUGGUAACCUUGGCCCGCCUGCCAUGGCCUCUGGGGCUGGCGGGAGCUGGGAUCGCUCCCCACCGCAGAGUGCAGCCCCGACGCCCUGGGUGACCGUCCUGCAGCCCCUCGCGUGGCCCGUCCCACCCCCGCCCUCGCAGCCGGGCCGCGUGAAGGAAGAUCUGCUGGAGCUGAUGAUGCUGCAGAACGCGCAGAUGCACCAGCUGCUGCUGAGCCGCUUGGUGGCGGGGGCGCUGAACCCCUGGCCUGGCCCGCCUGGCCCACAGGUCUACCUGGAGGGUCACCAGGAGGAGUCUGAGGAGGAGGAAGAAGAGGAGGAGGAGGGGGAGACCGAAGGGCCUUUGGUGUUUCACCACCACUACCUGCCCUGCCUGGUGCCCUCCCCAGGCCCCUUGCUGCCCUGGUCAGCCCCUUUCCUCCUGCCUCCCCCAUGUCAGCCCCAGUUGCAGGAUGUGCCCAGGAUCCAGCACCAGCCUCCUGCCCCCAGGAAAAGGGAGGUGAGAGCUGUGCCCCCACCUCCACCCCCCAGUGCCACAGGGACUGUGGGUCCCGAUGUACGCCCAGCUUCAGAUUACUAUGAUGCCGAGAGCCUGCCAUGAGGACAGACGCCAGCCCGGGGACCCACACCAUCUUCAUCGAAGGGCUGGAAACAGCCACGGAGCCCCAUCCUGCCCCUCUGUUGUCUGGCAGCCCCUCUUGCUCCCUCAACCCAACCCA